CCAGUGACUGGGAGGACCCUGGUUGGGGGUCAUCACUUCCAACUCAGGCCUUUUUUUUCUUCUUCUUGGAAACUACGCUGGGCCAAGUGUGCGACUGACUCUUUAAUCUGCACUUUUCAGACCGUGGGCAGACCGGGUAAACACUGGUCAAUCCCAAGUUCUUUUGGAAGACAUAUAUGUUGAGUAAAAAGGACUGCCGAGACAGGAUAGUACUUGGCAAAGAUUUAGGAGACCAGUCCUUACAACGCAACAAUAGCAUCUUUAAGAGAGGUCUAAAAGUAAGACAAAAGGAGUUAACACUUAUAGUAAGAAUGCAGAGAGGGAUGCACCUGCUGAUAAGAAGAGGGACCGUGUCCUUCACAGAACAGAACUGGUUCUUUUGAGGAGUGAUUCAUCAUGUUUGUGGGCGCUCCCGGACCAAAUAUGGAAAUCAACAACAGCAUGCAUCAUUUCCAGGAGUGGCUGCGAUCACUUCCAUCCAAAGUUCUAGGCUGGGAAGACUACUGGAGUCUGCUGCCUUCCUCCUCCUCCCUGCUGGGUCUGGGAGCCCUGGCCUCCCUCACUGCUUAUUGGCUGCUGACCCGCCCACGCCCCAUGCGGCCGCCCUGUGACCUGCGGGCCCAGUCUGUAGCCGUGAAGGGCGACCCCACCUGCAGGCGCUCGGCUCUCCUUCAAGACGAUUCUCUGCUGGAGUUCUACUACGAUGACACCAGGACGGCAUACGACAUGUUCCGCAGAGGCUUGAGGAUCGCAGAAAGUGGUCCAUGUCUGGGCUUCAGGAAGCCGAGCCAACCUUACCAGUGGAUCUCCUACUCUGAGGUGGCCCAGCAAGCCCACCUGCUGGGCUCUGGUCUGCUGGCGAAAGGCUGCCAACCCAACCCUCAGCAGUUUGUUGGCAUAUUUGCACAAAACAGACCGGAGUGGAUCAUUACAGAGCUGGCGUGCUACACUUACUCCAUGGCGGUGGUUCCUCUGUACGAGACCCUGGGGCUGGAGGCCAUGGUCCAUAUCCUCAACCUGGCGGGGAUCUCUGUGGUGGUCUGUGACCGCGAGGAGAAGGCCGCCUCGCUGCUGGAGAACAAGGAGAAGGGCCACGCUCCCAAACUCUCCUGCCUCGUUCUCUUUGAUCACUUCAGCCAGGCCCUUGUGGCCAGGGCCAGGGCUUGCCAGGUGGAGGUUCUCAAACUGUCACAGCUCAUGGAGCUGGGAAGGCAAAACCUUCAAGAUCCUGUGCCGCCCCAGCCUGAGGAUCUGGCCGUGGUUUGCUUCACCAGUGGAACCACAGGCAAGCCAAAGGGAGCCAUGAUCACCCACGGCAACAUCGCCUCCAAUACUUCUUCCGUCAUCAAGAUCCUGGAGGGUUCCUUUGUGAUCGGACAAGAAGACAUCUCCAUCUCCUACCUGCCGCUGGCACACAUGUUUGAGAGGAUGAUCCAGGUGUCUAUGUUCUGUCACGGAGCUCGUGUGGGCUUCUACCAAGGAGACAUCUCCCUCCUGAUGGACGACAUCAAAACCCUCAAGCCCACCUUCUUCCCCGUGGUGCCUCGCUUGCUCAAUCGCAUCUAUGACAAGAUUCUGGGCUCGGUGACGUCUCCGUUGAGGCGAGCGCUGCUCCACUACGCCGUGAAGAGGAAGCAGGCGGAGCUCGGGAGCGGCGUGGUGCGCAACAACAGUCUUUGGGACAAACUAGUCUUCAACAGGAUCCAGGCCAGCUUAGGAGGAAACCUGCGCUUCGCCCUGACGGCAUCCGCUCCCAUAUCCCCCACCGUGCUGUCCUUCCUGCGAGCCACGCUGGGCUGCCUCAUCUUCGAAGGUUACGGGCAGACGGAGUGCACAGCAGGGUGCACCUUCUCCAUGCCGGGCGACUGGAGCGCAGGACACGUUGGUGCUCCUCUGCCUUGUGCUGCCGUCAAGCUGGUGGACAUUCCUGACAUGAACUAUUUCGCCAAGGACGGAGAAGGAGAGAUCUGCAUCCGCGGCCCCAGCGUGUUUAAGGGCUACUUGAAAGACCCCGAGAGGACGGCCGAGGCCUUGGACGCUGACGGCUGGCUGCACAGUGGUGAUGUUGGCCAGUGGCUGCCAAACGGCACGCUGCGCAUCAUCGACAGGAAGAAGCACAUCUUCAAGCUGUCCCAAGGAGAGUACAUCGCUCCUGAGAAGAUAGAAAAUGUCUACCUGCGCUGUCUACCUGUGCUGCAGGUCUUUGUGCACGGAGAUAGUCUGCAGUCCUAUCUGGUAGGUAUAGUCGUCCCAGACCCUGAGGUGAUCGGAGACUGGACUAAGAAACGAGGACUUGUGGGCUCCUAUGAAGAACUCUGUCAAAACCCUGACGUGAAGGCGGCUAUGUUGGAGGACAUGAGGGCUGUUGGCAUGAAAGCAGGACUUAAGUCCUUUGAGCAGGUGAGAGACCUCCACCUGCACUCUGACACCUUCAGCGUGGCCAAUGGCCUCCUGACACCCACCCUGAAGAGCCGACGUGCUGACAUCCGCCGAGUCUUCCAGGAGCAGAUCCACGCCAUGUACAGCAAGACGUCAUGUGACUAAAACAAGCUUUCGCUUUGCAAACACUCUCACAGAAUACUACUGUUUUCUUCCCAAGUCAGCCUAAAAACUUCUUCUAAAUAUAUUUAAGUCCAUUUGUAUUCCCUUCAAAGCCUGACAGGACAUUAAAGUCCACGUUUUGGAAGGACGUCUUAUUUCGAGCCUUUUGAAGGCCUUGACAUCACGUCAAAGGUUUCCAUUAAAGCAAACUUACUCUGAAAAUUGAUCUUAAAAGCCUUCAAAAAAUGAAUGAAAUAGGAAUUUUUUUUAAACAUUACAGAGAACUGAAGUUUGAGUAAAAACAUCUAAACUGUUCUAUGUCCUGUUUGUCUUAGAAGAAUUACAAUUUUAACCCUCAAGGGUUAAAAAUAUGAAACAUGUAAAGUUUUUUUCGUGGUGCCUUUUGAAGGCCUUGUGAUGACAUCAUGUCAAAGGUGAUGACAUCAUGUCAAGGGUUUCCAUUAGUGACGGAAAUCAUGUUAUAAAAGUAUAUACACUCAUUGAAAACUGACAUGUUAUCAAAAGGUUUUCAAGAAGUAAAAAAAAUAAAAAUGGUUUGGUAUUUUUGUUUAGGAUUGAAGUUUGAGCACUAGAGUAAAAAAACAAAAAUGUUUUUAUGCCCUUUAAAAAAAUGUUUGACUUUCAUGUCCUGUUUGGCUUUGAAAAUCAUUCAAAUUGAAAGUCCCCAGACAGUUAAAAAUAAACUCAAAUAUUAAAAAAAAAUUUUUUUUUUAAAUUUAGACCCUUUUGAAUGGCUUUUUGUAGCGUUUGUUAGCCGGCGUGUCUCGUAUAUAAACACAACAGAAUAGUAUUACUAAUGUUAGCAUACUUCUAAGCUGGCAAAAUGCAUCAUAUUUUAGGUGAAACAUGCGAGGAUGCUAAUGUAUUUUAUGCUAACAUUUUAGCAUUUGCAUGCACCCAUAGGGGAAGUUAGUAUGCGUUCAAGAUGGCGCCAAGUAUCAAAAUUCAUGAUUUUUAAUGUUGGACAUGUUCAAAUGGUAGCAUAAAGCGUUAGCAUGCUAACAUAGAAUUUAGCAUUCUUCAAAGAUGGCGCCAAGUAUGAAAAUCCCUCAUGUUUAAGUGAGUAAACUAAUAUAUACAUUUGAUCAAAAAUCAUUUCAAAAGUAAAAAAAAACAACAACAACAAACAUGUUUGGUAUUUUUGUUUAGGAAUGAAGUUUGAGGAAAAAAAUGUAAAAAAAAAAAAAAAAAAAAAGUACGCUCUUUAUAAACGUGAACUUGUACGACCGCUUUGCUUUUAAAAAUAAUUCCAAUUGAAUUUCCCCUGAAGGUAACUGGGAUUUUUCAGUUCAUUCAUUUGUAUUAGUCAUGAGAUAUAUAAAUACAUAAAUGCAUAUAUGUAUUUAUAUAUAUGUAUAUAGAUGUGUAUAUAUCUGUGUAUAUGUAUGUAUAAAUAUAUAUGCCCUAAACACCUCCCAUAGGGAAGUGUUUAGGGCACGUCCGACCGGUAGGAGACCACGGGGAAGACCCAGGACACGUUGGGAAGACUAUGUCUCCCGGCUGGCCUGGGAACGCCUCGGGAUCCCCCGGGAAGAGCUGGACGAAGUGGCUGGGGAGAGGGAAGUCUGGGCUUCCCUGCUUAGGGUGCUGCCCCCGCGACCCGACCUCGGAUAAGCGGAAGAAGAUGGAUGGAUGGAUAUUUAUGUAUUUAUGUGU